CAACACGAGCUCAACACCAAGUUUCUCCAGAUAUGGCGAGCGCCACGGAGUUUACACAGAUGGCGUACCAGCCACGUCCCCAGACGAAUACCUAUAAAAUGGUUGUUUGUCGCGCGCAAAAUUUGCAUCUCACCAUCAACGCAGUCUUCUAAGGCAUAUCAACUUUUCGCACCACCAAACCAACCAACAUACAAACUCAACAUACAAACUUCAAACAUCGAGUAAUCUCAAUCAUGUCAGACGUCACCCAACUCCACGCCGAUGGCAUGUCCAUCACAACCGGCACGAACUUCAUCUCCAAACUACACAACAAAGUCCUUGACGAGCGCCGCCCUGAAGCAAACAAACUCCCUUCGCCCUUCGUCGUCUGCGUCACCGGUGCAAGCCGCGGCAUCGGCGCACAAACAGCCCUCACAUUCGCUCGCGCCGGCGCCAGCGGCCUCAUAAUCACCGCCCGCAGCACCACAUCUCUCGAGUCGACCAUCAAACUCUGCCAGGAAGCCUCACCAAGUCUCAAAAUUACACCCGUAGCCCUCGAAGCCGGCUCCGAAGACCAGACAGCAUCCCUCGCAGAGACGAUCAAGACUGAAUACGGGCGCCUGGACGUGUUGAUCAAUAACGCGGGCCUGCCGAGCUCGCACGAGUCGGCGUUUGCGCCGAAACUGACGGAAGUGCGAUAUGAUCAGUUCCAGGUUCCCAUGCAGGCAAAUUACUUUGGCCGCGUGCUUACUAUGCAGGCGUGUCUGCCUAUCCUGCUUUCUUCACCGGGCGGCGCGAAAACUAUCAUCAAUGUCACAUCUAUCUGCUCGCAUCUUGUCGGCAUGGGCCCAAUGGGUUUCAAUGUUUCCGAAUUGGCGAGUAACCGGUUGACAGAGAUUGUAGCGGAGCGCUAUAAAGCGGACGGCGUGAAGGCGUUCUCAGUUCACCCGGGAGAAGUCAAUACUGGACCUGGACCGGUUGGCGCACCGGCUGGAUUCACGGAGAUAUUGAAGGACGAUCCAGACCUUUGCGGUAGUGUGUGCCUAUGGCUUACUCAGGGGGAGAAAUCGUGGCUGAGUGGGAGGUAUAUUAGCUCUGAAUGGGAUUUGGAAGAAUUGAAAACAAGAAAGGACGAGAUUGUGAACGGGGACAAGCUGAAGUCAAGGUUGCAAUUAUAAUGUGUAGGAUAUUGAGCUUACGACUGUCAUUUCCUUUAUGGUGAAUUUGGUUUAGAUCUUUAACAAAUAGAGCCAUAUGUCUGUUCAAUGCCGAUGCCAAGUCGGUGAUAUGCAAGCAGCUAU